AUGUAUGAACUAAAUUAUCAAUUAGAAAUCGUCAAAAAGGAUCUCAUACUUCAUCGAUUACGUAUCCUCUAUAAUAAACCACCUACAUCGUACGAUCCAUUACAACAGCUAGAUCUAUCAUUAAGAUGUAAUUCAAUUUCGAAUCGACCCCUUCGUCAACAGGUUCUUGAUCGAUAUAAAAUAUUAAUCGAAAAAGCGAAAACCGAUUUCAUUCUUAUCCGUUUCAUGUCUAUGGAAACGGUACUUGAUCAAUAUCGAACAACAUUAAAUAUCGAAACAAAUGAAAUGCUACGUCAUCAUCAUCAUCAUAAUGCCAUCGAUAAAAAAAUGACAUCCGUAUUAUUACAUAUUAUCGAUCAACGCACAAAUUUAAUUAAGGAAAAAAUGAAAAUUAUAUCUGAUUUUCAUAUUAAUUAUUAUUUUCGUCAUCAUUACGGUUACAUCGAAGAUAUUCGUAAAGGAAAAAUAAAAGAUAUUCAACGUAUUGGAUUCUCGAGUAAUUUAAUCAUUGAUUCGUAUAUGCCAUCCGUAUCGUUAACACAACAACAAUUACAACUAUUAAAUCGCGGACCAACGUAUGUUGCACCCUGCCAACUACAUAGUUUAUCGUCGAUGAGUGUGUUUCUAACAACGCACUAUCUAUCUCUCGAACGUCAACUAAAGAGUCUAUUUCAAAAGUAUCGCAUCGAUUCUUCUCAAUCAAUUAUGAUUGAAAAGAAGAUCAAAGACGAAUUUCAAUCGUCUUUCGUAACCGUCAACGUAUCUCUCGAUAUUCGACAGCGUGCCUUCUAUGAGCGACAACUAAUACAAUCGAUACAACAACUAUUAAACAUCAACGAUCUUGUCCUGUGUAGAAUGGCUGAUCAUACGAAUCGAUUUUAUCUAACAACAAAACAUCAUUUCGAAGAAAAAUGUCUUGAAUUUAUGAGUAAACAUCAUGAUAACUAUGAAAUCCUAUAUAGUUUGACUGAACAUAAUCAACAACAGAUUCGUUAUGAAUUGGAUAAUAAAAUCUAUCGUAUGAAUACUAAAUUAGAACAUUUAUUUAGACAGAGUAAAAUCUCAGAUAGAAUCUAUAAAAAACUAUAUGUGAAACUGGAUGAAAUUCGAUUAGGUUAUCUCUACUUUUUACCUCAGAUUUCAUCAGAUCAUUUAGAUUUUAAUGUAAAACCAAUGUUUUCAAUGUAUCAAAGUUUAACAUGGAAAUUAGCCGACUUUUUAUAUGAAUUAAUUCGACCUGUUGUCAUACCUCUUCUACAACCAACGAUGAUAAAUAAUGAGAGUGAUUUUAUUCAGAGACUUUAUCGAUAUUGUACGCUUGAACGACGUCUUCGUUCAACAACGUUUUUUGCACGAAUAAAAAUAACGAAUUUUUAUACAAUGUUCUCUAAUCAAUCGGUUGUGAAUCGAGUCGGUUAUAUUCUCACGAAACAUUGUUCCAAUAAUCCUAUUGAAAAUUUAUCUAUUGUAACGAUUGAAGGAUUAAUUGAACUCAUCUUUUCGAAUCAUCUAUUCUAUUAUCAAGAAAAUAUUUAUUCUUUCAUACAUGGCCUACCUAACAGUAUGCGUCUUAGCGACUUAUUAUUAUCGAUAUGUUUAUAUUAUUGGCAAACGAAGAUCAUCGAUGAUCAUCGAUUAAAAUCAGAACUCUUUGUUCGAUACAAAGAUGACAUCUUUUUUACAUGGAAUCAUUCGGAAAAUGAUCUUCAUACGUUUCUUCAUAAGAUUAAAGAAACGUAUGAUGAUGAAAUUCAUAUGAAUAUAUCCUACGGUCGUUCUAUUGAUUAUUUAAAUAUAUAUGUCGAAAAUCGUAUCGGUCAAUUAUACACACGUGUCUAUCAUCCUCAUGGACAGUCGAAAUUAAUUUUACCUUAUGUCGUAGGCCAUCCAAAAAUGAAUCAUCGUCAUUGGUUUCAAUCCGCACUCAUACGAGCUGUUCAAUUAUGUACACUCUAUGAAGAUUUUUAUCGAGAAUGUCUCUAUUUACAGAUGAGCUGUUUCGUUUCUGGUUAUUCAGAUAAAUGGACUGAAUAUGAAUUUAAAAAAUUCUAUGAAUAUUUUAAUAUUGAAACAUAUCGCUUUCAUAUGAAUCAAACGAUCUAUGAACAAUUACGCCGCCGUUUAUUGAUACGUAAUGAUACACAAUGUGACAAGUCUCUUCAAGAAUUAGAUUUAAAAUCAAAUAAAUAUUUCCUACGUUUUCAUUAUCCGUAUCAUUAUGGUUACCAUCGAAAAUUUGAAGAAAAGUUCUAUGAAAUUUUAUCAACUUUCAUGAAAAACCAUCCACAAUUAUCAUCCAAUCAACGAAAACUUCUUCUCACUGCACAUCAUCUUUUUUCUCUAAAUACUUUGUUAACGCAACAGAAACCAGUCUGUGAGCUUUUAAAACAGCCCACAGAAAUAUAA